GGCGGCCGCCGCUGAUUGGUCGCUGCGGCGGUGGACACGCCCCCGACCGGUCGGCGCCCGAGGGCCCGUUCAUUUCGUGCCGACAGCGCGCGCCGUGAGGACCUGGACAGGAUGACAUAUUGGCUGCCGCUGGUUGCGGGUCUGACGCUGAUUCUGAGCAGCGUUCAUUCUUCCACUGUCAACCUACUUUUCGUGAACGAGAAAGACAACGACGUGGCCGUGAACGCCGUCGAUGCUGCGAUCAAGUACAUCGGAGACCAAAACAUGGGCAUCGAGGUCAACAAGGCCAUGGUGGAAAAUACUGAAGAACCAGACCUAGCAACAGAUAUGUGCAGCACGGUGAAGACCGGUAUAGACGCCGGCCAGCCGCCACAUCUGGUGAUAGACACGACUCUCAGCGGCACCAGCUCAGAGAUAGCCAAGUCCGUCUCCAAGGUGCUGGCUAUUCCCACUGUCAGCGGCUCCAGCGGCGACCCCGGAGACAUCAGGGUGUGGCGUGACUUGUCGAUGGAGGAGCAAAAAUACCUGAUCCAGGUGCUGCCACCCAUGGACAGCGCCAUCCAGGUGAUACGGAAAAUCGUCAUGGACCAGAACAUCACCAGUGCCGGUAUCAUCUUUGACGACUCCUUCGUGAUGGACUACAAGUACAAGUCGCUGCUGCAGAACGUACCGUGUCGUCACAUUAUCAGCCACCUGCCAUCGGGCAACACGAGCGCGGCGCUCGCGCAGACAUCCCGCUUCAAGCAGGCCGACCUGGUCAACUUCUUCGUGCUCGGCGACCGGGAUACGGUGAAGAUGGUGCUGGAGGCGGGAAACAAACACAAACUCUACGGCAGAAAGUACGCCUGGUUCGUCAUCAGCAAGGGCACGGAACCGGUUUCCUGCGCAUGUACGAAUGCCACAGUGAUCCACAUCGCUCCGGACCCCUCUGACGCCACCCAGCAGAAGAUCGAGGCUCUGAAGACCAACCAGGGCCUGACGGCCACGCCACGCAUCGACGCUGCCUUCUACUUUGACCUCACCGUCAAGGCCGUUAAAGCCAUCUCGAAUAUGAUGGACGACGGUCAGUUUCCGGCCGACUACUCUGUGCUGACGUGCGAGGCGUACCAGGCCGGCCAGAGGACCAACCGCACCGGCCUCGACCUCAUGAGCGCCAUGAAGGCGCUGAGCGGCAUGGACACAUACGGCGGGCUGGCGCUCUCCUCUAACGGCCUCUCGCACAUGGAGUUCACGAUGAGGCUGUACCGGACGCAGAUUCUGUCGAGCCGGGUCAACUCGCGAGACCCGGUCGGCCUCUACCAGGUCGGCAGCCCCGUGGGAGAAUUCACCGAGCUCGAUCAGGAGGCCUUCAACAGGUUCAAGGCCGUCACCGUCUACAGGAUCGUCACGUUAGAGCAACCGCCAUUCAUUAUCAAGAAAAUGGACGAGAACGGUAACAUCGUGUUUGACGGCUAUUGCAUUGAGCUGUUGCACGACAUUCAGAAGAUCCUGAACUUCGAGUACGACAUUUACGAGGUGAAGGACGGCACCUACGGCGUCAUGAAUGAGGACAACGAGUGGAACGGCAUGAUUCGGGAACUCGUCGACAAGAAAGCCGACAUCGCCCUCUCGGCUCUGUCCGUGAUGGCGGAGCGAGAGAACGUCGUCGACUUCACCAUCCCCUACUACGACCUGGUCGGCAUCACCAUACUGAUGAAGAAGCCCAAGGUGGUGCCGGCCCUCUUCAAAUUCCUGACCGUUCUGGAGACUGACGUCUGGGGCUGCAUCCUGGGGGCCUACUUCGUGACGAGCAUUCUUCUGUCGCUGUUCGACCGGUUCAGUCCGUAUAGCUACCAGAACAACCGCGAAAAGUACCAGGAGGAUGACGAAAAGCGCGAGUUCAGUAUCAAGGAAAGCCUCUGGUUCUGCAUGACAUCACUGACACCGCAGGGUGGUGGCGAAGCGCCCAAGAACAUGUCCGGACGUCUGGUAGCGGCUACCUGGUGGCUGUUCGGCUUCAUCAUCAUCGCUUCAUACACCGCCAACCUAGCCGCCUUCCUCACAGUGUCUCGACUUGACUCCCCGAUCGAGUCACUCGAGGGCCUGGCCAAGCAGUACAAGGUGCAGUAUGCGCCCAUGAACGGCACGUCAACCAUGAACUACUUCAAGCGGAUGGCCUACAUCGAGCAAAAGUUUUACGAGAUCUGGAAGGACAUGUCUUUGAACGACAGCAUGACGGAGGUGGAGCGGGCCAAGCUGGCCGUCUGGGACUACCCGGUCAGCGAUCGCUACACCAAGAUGUGGGGGGCCAUGCAGGAGGCCGGACUGCCCACCUCCUUCGACGAGGCCGUCGAGCGGGUACUGGCCAGUCCCUCCAGCAGCGAAGGAUUCGCCUACCUCGGCGACGCUACCGACAUCGGCUACCAAGUGAUGACCAGCUGCGACCUGCAGAUGGUUGGUGACGAGUUCUCCCGCAAACCGUACGCCAUCGCCGUGCAGCGGGGGUCCCACCUGAAGGAGAUCUUCAACGAGGCUAUCCUGAAGCUGCUGAACCAGCGUAAGCUGGAGGUGCUGAAGGAGAAGUGGUGGAACCAGAACCCCGCGCGCAAGUACUGCGAGCGAGAGGACGACCAGUCGGAGGGUAUCUCCAUCCAGAACAUCGGUGGUGUGUUCAUUGUGAUUUUCGUGGGUAUCGCCCUGGCCUGUAUCACACUCCUCGGCGAGUACUGGUACUACAAGUACUGGAAGCCCAGUCGGACUACCAGCCCCACGCAGAAUCCGAAAAUCCUGGCCGUCCGACCGGACCCUGCCGUCAGCAAGACCAACUUCAACACCGAGUACAAGAGCCGAACCGGGGACGAGCCGUACGAACUGAAUGCCUCCGGCAACCCCUGGUAACGCGGAGGGCUGCACAGAGCCGGCACCGGAAGCGGUUGACUUCCGGUGGGCGGCCACUUCCGGCGCGACGCCAGACAUCCGCCGCAGUCCGUCAGCCGGACCGAUGGCGCCGGCCCGGUGUCUCAGUCAUCUCAGCGAUGUCAGAACGCCGGGUCACGGGGUGCUUGGGUCACUAGGGUAUACUGAAUGAAAUAGAUAUGCGCUUGAUGCGCUGGUUGCGGCCUAUGGGCGCUGCUUGAUUUUUAAAGUUAGAUUUGUAGAGGAAAUUGGAUUACUUUUGUUAGCUACGGUAAUCGCAAUGGUAAUAUCUGUAUGUAUAUUAGGCAGCUUGUAGGUUUCCGGGCAUGAAUAUCGCACAAAUAUCAACGACCACGAGAUUGUCCUAUCAUCUAUAUGUUUUAGAUUACAUGUCAGACGAUAAUUAAGAUAGGUAGAUCGGUAGCUAAGUGUAACAUAUUGCGGAUAUCGCCUGGAAGCGGUCACGACAUAGAGUUCUAUCUGUGCAUCCAAUAAACAUAUCGCACGUCCGAUAGAAUAGAUCUCGCUCGCCCUCAUCACGUCACGGUACUGAGCACGGAUUUUCAAUAUCGCCACCCGGGUCACGCCCCGCCCGCGGCAACAUGCAUCCAGUGCCCCCGGUCGGCGGCGACAGGUGUGACCUAUGACCCGUCGGUGGUGACAGCCGUGACCUAUGACCCCAGAGGAAUGUCGUGACCGUGGUCAGACCGGGCGAGUGUCGGCUGCCCGACAGUAGCAGCGGGUGACUAAUGGGUUUACUGUGGUAUUUACGAACCGUGCACAUUAAACACUACUGUUCUUACACUGGACAAGUGAACACGAUGUAACGCAGAAGUCGGCGAUAGGAAUUUACGCAUGGCUUCAAUUGAAUGUUAUAUGUGUAUCACAGUUGUAUUUUUGUUAUAAAUGAAUGUUUAAGCGGA